UAGCCGCCAGUAUGUGUGGUGCAAGACCCAACCUCACAUUUGAACAUUACCUGUCAAAUUACCAGGUUUUGUCAUGGGUAAAUAAUGCAAGUAAAAAUACCAUUUUUUUCAUCAAUUAUUGGCGUUUUCAUUUAGUAAUUGUCAAAAAAGAAGCAGGUAAGUCUUCUUCACGUUAAUCAGAACUUUAACAGCCAUGGGUCAAACACUGUCAGAGCCAGUAACCACAAAGGAUACCACAGUGGUGAGAAACUCGACUUAUCAAGUUGGGUCCAGUUGCAUGCAAGGAUGGAGAGUGAACAUGGAAGACUCCCACACGCACAUCCUCUCGCUACCGGAUGAUCCAGGCACUGCAUUUUUCGGUGUCUACGAUGGACAUGGCGGAGCUAAAGUUUCAUUGUACGCUGGGAAACAUUUGCACAAAUAUGUGGUCAAUAGAGAAGAGUACAAAAAUGGUGAUAUAACAACAGCCUUAAAAAAAUCCUUUUUAGAACUCGAUCAAGUGAUGUAUGAGGAAGAGUCACUGAAAACUGAGCAAUCAGGCUCCACUGCCAUCGUUGUACUUAUCAAACAAAACCAGUUGUACUGUGCCAAUAUUGGCGAUUCGCGGGCCAUUGGUUGUGCUGGGGGAGUCCUCGAAAAGCUCUCAUUUGACCACAAGCCAGUCAAUUCCGAGGAAUAUUUAAGGAUAACCGAUGCAGGUGGAUGGGUGGAUUGCAAUAGGGUCAACGGAAACUUGGCCUUGUCCCGGGCUUUCGGAGAUUAUAUUUUCAAAAGAGAUCCGAACAGAGAUCCGGAGAAGCAAAUCGUUAUAGCUCUACCAGAUGUAAUUGAGAAAACAAUCACUCCCGAGUGGGACUUUGUGGUGUUGGCAUGUGACGGCAUAUGGGACGUCAUGACUGAUAAUGAAGUCCUAAACUUUGUUAUGGAAAAUAUAGCAAAAGGUCUAGAUCCGGAGGACAUUUGUGAAAAUCUGAUGACCCGUUGUCUGGCACCUGACUGCCAAAUGGCUGGCUUGGGUUGCGACAACAUGACAGUGGUUAUAGUGGUUUUCCUGCAUGGAGAACCAUAUGAGCAGGUGGUAGAAAAGUGCAAAAAAUACUUGUCAACUACAAAACCGCAAGUGACCCAAUCGGAUGUGACCGACCAAGAGUACAUUGAAGCGUUUGAUAAGUUGAACAAAAUCAAAUUAUUAUCAGUAGACGAAGAACCAAAGAAAACCUGCGAGGGUAAAUGUGCCGCCAACGCCGCCGUUCAGGAAUGAGACUGGAAUAGAGCAUUAUUUUAAGUUGUGAUAUGGUUUUAUUCGAUUUUUGUGUUUAUUUAUAAAUUUUAAAAAGUCAAUAGAUGGAUGCCUGGUACAUAACCGAUCAAGAAACAAGACAUUUGACGGAAUUUUCGGAAGAGAAAUUGCGGUUAAAGGCAACUUGCCACGAAAUUUUCAACAACAAAUACAAGUUGGGUGAAGUCUCUUAGUUAUAAAAUGUGAUCUACUUAUUACAAAUCUUCUAUUUUUCCUAUCUAGUCUGAUAAUGCCAUAGUGACAAUGGUGAGAAGUAGAGAAAAAAGCAAUAAUUUCAUGGUAAUUUACCCAGUCUGUUUUUUAUCAUACUGGUUCUAAAGUAGGUAAUUUGUUUGCAUUUACUUCCAAUACACAUUUUUCUGCACAUUAUCAGAUUCUAAUCUCAUUACGUCACCCCUUAGCACAAAGUUUCGUGAAAUAAAGACAACUGCUUGCGACUAAAAAAACAACUUAUCUGAUCUUACUUCACAACGCAAUCGCCAUAUUAUAGAAUAGUGAAUAAAUGAGUCAAUAAUAGGUCGGUUGCUAACUGAUUUUUUAAAAUCAAAGCCACAAAGCAACUUAAAAUUCCAGUUAGCAGGCAUCCGAAUUAUCUAGAAUAUGUUGUACCUAGAUUAUUAGGCUAGGCUUUUAGUAUACCCCUAAGUCAUCUCUAGAAAAAUCACCUGUCAAGUAUUAUCAAAAUUUCCACUUACAUUUCCAGAUUUAUGAUUAAAAAUUUUGAAUGGUGGCAAUCAGGUAUUUUCAAUCAAUAGGACAUUAUUAUUCUCCCACAUUAUCGCACUAUGAAACACCUGCCUCUAUUAAAAACUCCAAUAAAAUCACAGUCAGGGUUAUUCUUUGGAUUUAGGUCUAGCAAUAUUUUAUUGUAUAUUUUAUCCUAUUAUUACAGUUCGCCAUUAUCUUCUUGUUGCAUAACUGUGAGACUGUCUUGACUGGUUGUAUUAGUCGGCUUAACUAGCUAAUACCACCAGUAUAUUAUUAAUUUGUGUAUACAAAUGUUUAUAAGAGUUAUGUAUUGUAAUAUAGAUCAUUUUUAAUACAA